AUGCAACUUCCUCAAAAUAAUAUGCUACUUUACCUCAUUAAUCCCAGAGUAAACCCAGGACCUACACAUGACCUGACUCAAAGUAAUCCCGGAGUAAACCCAGGACCCACGCAUGACCUGACUGAAAGUAAUCCCAGAGUAAACCCAGGACCCACACAUGACCUGACUCAAAGUAAUCCCGGAGUAAACCCAGGACCCACGUAUGACCUGACUCAAAGUAAUCCCGGAGUAAACCCAGGACCCACGUAUGACCUGACUCAAAGUAAUCCCGGAGUAAACCUAGGACCCACACAUGACCUGACUCAAAGUAAUCCCAGAGUAAACCCAGGACCUACGCAUGACCUGACUCAAAGUAAUCCCAGAGUAAACCCAGGACCUACGCAUGACCUGACUCAAAGUAAUCCCAGAGUAAACCCAGGACCCACACAUGACCUGACUCAAAGUAAUCCCGGAGUAAACCCAGGACCCACGUAUGACCUGACUGAAAGUAAUCCCAGAGUAAACCCAGGACCCACACAUGACCUGACUCAAAGUAAUCCCGGAGUAAACCCAGGACCCACGUAUGACCUGACUCAAAGUAAUCCCGGAGUAAACCUAGGACCCACACAUGACCUGACUCAAAGUAAUCCCAGAGUAAACCCAGGACCUACGCAUGACCUGACUCAAACUAAUCCCAGAGUAAACCCAGGACCGACACAUGACCUGACUCAAAGUAAUCCCAGAGUAAACCCAGGACCCACGCAUGACCUGACUGAAAGUAAUCCCAGGGUAAACCCAGGACCCACGUAUGACCUGACUCAAAGUAAUCCCGGAGUAAACCCAGGACCCACGCAUGACCUGACUGAAAGUAAUCCCAGAGUAAACCCAGGACCCACGCAUGACCUGACUCAAAGUAAUCCCAGAGUAAACCCAGGACCCACGCAUGACCUGACUCAAAGUAAUCCCAGAGUAAACCCAGGACCCACGCAUGACCUGACUCAAAGUAAUCCCAGAGUAAACCCAGGACCCACACAUGACCUGACUCAAAGUAAUCCCAGAGUAAACCCAGGACCCACGCAUGACCUGACUCAAAGUAAUUCCGGAGUAAACCCAGGACCCACACAUGACCUGACUCAAAGGCAGGGGCUGGGCUUAUUACAGGACAAAGUAAUAUAA